AUGGACCUCUCUGCAACUCAAUCGGCUUGCACAGAAGUUCCUGAAAAACAGAGACUUCUGAACGAGAUCUACGAAAGAAGAGCCAAAGCUGGUAAGCUCGUCGCUGGUGUGGCUGCCAAAUCUAAUAGUGACUUGUUCAAGGCUAAGGGAUCUGGAAAACCGAAAGCUAAGUGCUGGGACUGCACGAUUGCCCUGUGUGCUUCAACAAACCGCUGGCUAUCUCAAAACCCGGGUCUGAUCUCUCUUGGGGGUGGGCUCCCCUCUAGCGAAUACUUUCCGUUCUAUGAUUGCACACUUCGUGUGCCCAAACCGCCGCAUUUUUCCGAGAAAGAUGCUUUAUCGCCAGACAGUCCUACAGUCCAGACUGUAAACAUUGGGAAAUAUGACGUUAAUAAUGAGCUCUCAGAGUAUGACCUCUCUAUCGCAUUGAACUAUGGGCAGUCAACGGGUUCGCCCCAGAUGACACGCUUCAUUACCGAGCAUACUCAGCUAGUCUCUAACCCGCCCUAUGCCGACUGGAAAGUCUGUCUGACAGUCGGAAGCACCAGUGCCCUUGAGCAAACGGUCCGCAUGCUUUGUGACCGUGGACGGAAUGAUUCCAUCCUUACAGAAGAAUACACCUUCUCCAGCGCACUUGAAACCUUUGCACCCCAGGGCAUCAAAGCCUUUGGCAUCAAAAUGGACGAAGAGGGACUCUUACCAGAGAGUAUGGAUGGCCUCCUCAGUUCUUGGGAUGAAACGGUCCGUGGCGCCCGAAAGCCACACAUCCUAUAUACUGUUCCCUCAGGACAGAACCCGACGGGCGCGACCCAAAGUCUCAAGCGACGUCGCGAAAUCUAUGCAAUCUGCCAGAAGCAUGACAUUUACAUAAUCGAAGAUGAACCAUACUACUUCAUUCAAAUGCCUCCCUACCAGGGCAAGGGUACCCCCGCACGAAAGUCUCCCGAAGAUAUUGAAUCUUUCCUGACCGGACUUAUCCCCUCGUAUCUAAGCCUUGACGUCGACGGCCGAGUACUACGUAUGGAUUCUUUCUCCAAAGUACUCAUGCCAGGAUCGAGAUUGGGAUGGAUUACAGCCAGCGCACAAGUAGUCGAGCGUUAUAUUAACCACGCUGAGGUUGCCAACCAUGGCCCAAGCGGGAUCUCACAACUCAUGCUCUGGAAGCUGCUUGAUGAGACCUGGGGACAUGAAGGAUACCUGAAAUGGCUGAUGGAUUUGAAAAACAACUAUACCAGUAGGAGGGAUAUGCUGCUUGCUGCUUGCGAGCAGUUCUUGCCCAAAACCAUUGUUAGUUGGACGCCGCCCACAGCGGGCAUGUUUCUCUGGCUCAAGGUAGAUCAUUCAAAACACCCAGAAUACCCCCGUCGCUCCAUCGAAGAGCUUGAAGAAGAGAUCUUCCUUCAGGGUAUUAGCAAUGGCGUCCUUUGUACUCGCGGUGCCUGGUUCCGCGCUGAGCCGAACACGCCUGCGAGUGGGAUGUUCUUUCGCACAACAUUUGCAAGCGCCAGUGAGGAAGCGAUGGGCACUGCCAUUCAGCGGUUGGGCCAGGCGAUCCGCCAGUCAUAUCAAAUUGAGUAG